AUCCAGAUCUUUGUCACGACUAUGUGGGGUCCGACGGUGACGCUCAACACGAGACCUUCUGCCACGGUGGGGAGUUUGUAUGAUGAAAUUCAGUCGAGGAGCGGGCUCGCCGCCAGUGAGGUGCGACUGAUAUAUGGCGGCAAAGCUUUGGAAAAGGACCGGAUGCUCUAUGAGUAUGGAAUCUCGGGAAAUGAAACUUUGGACUCGGUCAUGAGAUUGCUCGGAGGGCAUACAACCAUCGGGAUUGCUGAGACGUAUAACUUUGGGUGA